GUGCGGGUGUCACCGUCUCCUCCUGCGUGUUACCGACAGUCUUCAUCCGUUAAUUCACCGUCUGGUCUGUGAUGGAGGACAGAGAGGACAGAGGAGGAGGAGGAGGAGGAGGAGGAGGAGGAGGAGGAUACCACCGGGCAGCCAAGCGGCUCCGGACGAAAGAGGAGGCCGGCGGAGAGGAGCCGGAGGACGGGGAGGAGGAGGCAGCGGGGAGCGGAGGCACCGACAGCAGCAUCCGGAGGAGCGGAGGGAAGGACGGCGUGCAGGACGGUCACCGCAUCCCCCCGUCCCCAGUCGUCCACGUCAGAGGGCUCUGUGACGCCGUGGUGGAGGCCGAUCUGGUAGAGGCGCUCGACAAGUUUGGCAACAUCUGUUACGUCAUGAUGAUGCCCUUUAAGCGUCAGGCUCUGGUGGAGUUCGACAGCGUGGAGAGCGCCGAGCGCUGCGUGUCCUGUGGAACCCGCGAGGCCGUCUGCAUCGCAGAGCAGCAGGCCUUCUUCAACUUCUCUACCAGCCAGAGAAUCACCAGGCCCACCAACACAGACGACCCGUCCAGCGGAAACAAAGUCCUGCUGCUGUCCAUCCAGAACCCGGUGUACCCCAUCACCACUGAUGUUCUUUACACCGUCUGUAACCCCGUCGUUAACGUCCUGCGCAUCGUCAUCUUCAAACGCAACGGCAUCCAGGCCAUGGUGGAAUUUGAGUCAGCAGAGGAUGCUCAGAAGGCCAAACUGGCCCUGAACGGGGCCGACAUCUACGCAGGCUGCUGCACACUCAAGAUCGAAUACGCUCGGGUAAACACACACACACACACACACACACACACACACACACACACACACAAACAUGUACCCACACAGUGCUCUGGACAAACACACACUCAGGUGCACACAGACAUACACACCCUCACUCUCCUGCCCACGCACACACACCCAUCCAGAGGUGCUGUGCUCUGUCGCCCCCUGCAGCCCAACAGACUGAACGUCAUCCGCAAUGACAACAACAGCUGGGAUUACACCAAACCCUUCCUCCUGCAGCGAGAGCGGGGAAAGGGGAGGCAGCGUCAGGCCAUCUUGGGAGAGCAUCCGUCCAAUGGCUACGGUCCACACUGCCCCCUGCUGCCUCUGCCUGCUAACAGCAGAUACAGGAGGAGCAGUGAGGAGGCGCAGGACAUGAUCUCCUACCCGCUGCUCCCCCGUAAGUCCUCCUCUGCGUCCCCCUUCCUGGGCCGUGCUGCCUCCAGCUCGGUCGCCAUGGUGAGCGGCAUCCAUCCUGCCAAGAUGAACUGCAGCCGCAUCUUCAACCUCUUCUGUCUCUACGGCAACGUGGAGAAGGUGAAGUUCAUGAAAAGCGUCCCCGGCACGGCGUUGGUGGAGAUGGGCGAUGAGUAAGCUGUGGACCGAGCCGUGACUCACCUCAACAGCAUUAAGGUGUUCGGCAAAAAACUCAACGUCUGUGUCUCGAAGCAGCAGGCAGUGAUUCCCAGUCAGGUGUUCGAGCUAGCCGACGGCAGCAGCAGCUACCAGGACUUCAGUCUGACCAGAAACAAUCGCUUCAGCAGCUCGCAGAGCAGCAGGAACAUCAUCCAGCCGCCCGCCACUGUCCUGCACUUCUACAACGCCCCGCCCACCCUGAGCCAACACCAGCUGUACAAGCUCUGCACUGAGCACAACGUUCCCGCCUUCACCAAGUUCAAGGUCUUCGAUGCCAAACCCAGCUCUAAGACUCUGUCUGGUCUGCUGGAGUUCGACAGUAAAAUUGAAGCGGUGGAGGCUCUGACCGUCCUCAACCACCACCAGAUCAGAAUACCCAACACCUCCAACCCCUUCACCCUCAAACUCUGCUUCUCCACCUCCUCCCAUCUGUGAGCCAGAAACAAGAUGGCCGCCACAGUUGCCACCUGGUCCUUCAGGACGAACUGGAGAGGACGUUUUAUUAAGAAGAAAAAAAGAAAAUGAUGGACAGACGAUUUGAGUUGUCCCUGAUGAUCUUCUGUGUGUUUCUAUUAAUUUGAGCAGGACGUGACGGUGGUGACGAGUCAUUGUGAGGAACACAAGCACCUUAAUGACUGAGCAGCAAACUCAAUGAGUCACUGUCUGAUGAGCCUCCUUUAAAACAGGAGUGAUGUCAGCAGCCUGACAGGAAACCUGAACAGACUUUUUUUCCACCUGAACAGUUUUGUUCAAUCGCACCUAAGAAAUCAAAUCAAAACAUGACUUUAUCCUCCACAAAAGACCCUUCAUAUCCUGCAGGUUGAGAUAUCAGCUGUCAUUAUGUAAAGAAUUAGUCACAGUGAAACAGCUUUUUAAAGGGCGACCAAAACCAACCCAGUCAUCAGAAUAAAUGUUGGCAUUUCUGCAAACCACGUACACGUUACAUUUGUAUGGUGUUAUGUCGCAGAAACUUUUAAACAACGCUGUGGUAAACAUGUGGAAGGUUUAGGCACCAAAACCACGUGGUUAUGGUUUGAAAAAUGUCAUGUUUUGGCCUAAAAAUUACCUGGUUUGGGGGCAAAAUCCCAGCUGGACACGCAGCAAUAUCUUGGUGAAAAACACCCUCUUUUUGUGGUAUUAUCGCAGCAGGAAACACAGCGAUGUCUCCGUUAAAAAGUGCUGUUUUUGUAGCUCUCUCCGGGCAGGAAACGCAGUGAUGUCUCAGUGAAAAAACAACCACUUUCCCUGUCACUAUUCUCACUGAAAAAAACAGGAACGGGUCCCUAAAGAACAUCAGCCACAUACGGUAGCUAAAGCCUUUGAAAAUGCGGUGAUGACUCCUCUGAUCAGGAACAGUACACUGCAGCUUGGUGUCUCACUUACGUGUCUCUCCAUCCACCUCCUGAUGACACAGUCAGCUCAUACGCUACGUCACUUACACAUGAUUUAACUGUAACAUAUUUGUGGAAACACACGAUGCCAACAUCACCUCUGGUGACUGGGCUGACAGAACUCAGGGAGGAAUCUAUAAAACGUGUAAACCAAUCAGAUGACAGCCAGGAACAGAGAGACAUGUCUUUAUGUGACAAUCCUGAAAUAUCUUUAUUUUUUUAAUAUGUCGUUUCAUUUGUUGGCCAGAGUUUGUCUUUUAUUCUGUGUUUAUUUCAUUGAUAUUAAAGUGGUUUGUUUGAUUGAACUUUGCAGUUUAGGCUGAAUCAGCGUAUGUUUGUGACAAAAUGAGCUCAAAGUUCAGUCGUUUUAUUUGUUUGAUUUUGAUUUCAAUGUUAUUGAUUUUUAAAUGAUUAAUGGAGACAAAAGGAAAGACAUUUUGUUCAGAUGAAUGUGUUUUGAUCAUUUUAAAGUGACUGUGUGUUUCCUCUACAGCUGCACCUCUGAAUGACUUUUAAACAAGAGGCUGCUGAUUCUUGUGUUACUGAGGAACUGAUGAAUAUUAUUAUGGUUUAUAGUUUCCUCUGUAGUUAUCAGUCGAGACGUAAAGAGACACAAAACCACAACAUUAUUAAAUGAACCUACGUUUACACUUUGGGGAUAAAAUCCUUUUUUCAUUUUUGGUUGUUUGACCUGUGGUCAGAACCAUCUGCAGUCAUCAAGUAAAUCCAUGGAUGUAAUGUGAAUAUUUCUAUGUGUUGUGAACUUCUGUUGGAUAUGAAUACACAAUGUCUUGGCCUGAAAAAACAA